GUUUCUCAGUGUCUUGUUCUGUGUAACCUGGUAACACCCACCCCAAACUUGCCCCCUGACAGUCCCAGUUUUUAUAUACUACCUUUGCCCCGCACUAGUCUAAUAGUACUGGAUUACAAAAGUCCGUGGCUGCAGAAGGAAGGAGGCUUGUGGAAGGCUUCAACCAGAAUGGUGAGGUGGUUUCACCCUAACAUUACCGGAAUCGAAGCAGAGCAGCUCCUGUUGACCCGGGGUGUCCACGGCAGUUUCCUGGCCCGGCCCAGCAAGAGCAAUCCAGGGGAUUUCACCCUCUCUGUCAGGCGCAACGAUGAGGUGACCCACAUCAAGAUCCAGAACUCGGGCGACUACUACGACCUGUACGGGGGCGAGAAGUUUGCCACGCUAGCCGAGCUGGUGCAGUACUACACAGAACAACAGGACCUGCUGCGUGAGAGGAACGGCCAUGUCAUCGAGCUCAAGUACCCGCUGAACUGCAAAGACCCCACAUCUGAGAGAUGGUUCCACGGACACUUGUCGGGCCGAGAUGCUGAGAAGCUGCUCACGGACAAAGGCAAGGUCGGCAGCUUCCUGGUGCGGGAAAGCCAAAGCAAACCUGGCGACUUUGUCCUGUCUGUUCUCACUCACGAGGAGAAGCACGACAACGUGGAACGCAAGACCAAGGUCACCCACGUGAUGAUCCGCUACCAGCAGGAUGGGAAAUACGACGUGGGCGGCGGCGAAAGGUUUGACACUCUGGCUGACCUGGUGGAUCACUAUAAGAAGAACCCUAUGGUGGAGAAGAGUGGCAUUGUAGUGCACCUCAAACAGCCUUUUAACGCCACAAGGAUAAACGCGGCCAACAUUGAGAAUCGAGUACGAGAGCUCAACAAGGUAGCAGACAACUCCGAGAAACCCAAGCAAGGAUUUUGGGAAGAAUUUGAGGUACUUCAGCAACAGGAGUGCAAGCUGCUGUAUCCCCGGAAGGAAGGCAUGAAACCAGAAAACAAGAGCAAAAACAGAUACAAGAAUAUCCUCCCGUUUGACAACACUCGGGUUGAAAUCAGGGACACGGAUCCCGAAGUUCCUGGUUCAGAUUACAUUAAUGCCAACUAUAUUAGAGUGACCGGAAAGCAUGAGGGCUCACAUGAAGAGGGGCGGCAUAUAGAAGAAAGCAAAGUCUUCAUCGCCACCCAAGGAUGCCUUCAGACCACGGUGAAUGACUUCUGGAAGAUGGUGCAUCAGGAGAACACGCACGUCAUCGUCAUGACCACAAAGGAGAUGGAGAGAGGGCGGAACAAGUGUGUGCGUUACUGGCCCAAGCUGCACGCCACCAUGGAGUUUGGGAGGGUCCAGGUGAAGAACUUGGAGGAGCGCACGGCGCAGGACUACAUCCUGAGGAAGCUGGAGGUGACCCGUCUGGAUCGGAGGGAACCUCUGAGGUACAUUUGGCACUACCAGUACCUAAGCUGGCCAGAUCACGGUGUUCCCAACGAGCCAGGAGGCGUCCUCUGGUUUCUCGAGGAGAUCAACCGAACCCAGGGCACAGUUCCGGAAUCUGGACCCAUUGUCGUUCACUGCAGUGCAGGCAUUGGGAGGACAGGCACCAUUAUCGUCAUUGACAUCCUCAUCGAUGUCAUUAACCGCCAAGGACUAGACUGUGACAUCGACAUCCCAAAGACCAUUCAGAGGGUACGGCAGCAGAGGUCCGGUAUGGUGCAGACUGAGGCCCAGUACAAAUUCAUCUACAUGGCAGUGCAGCAGUACAUAGACACAGCCCAGAAGAGACUGGAGGAAGAGCAGAGGAAUAAAGUGAAAGAGAGAGAGUACUCCAACAUCAAAUAUCCUCCGAUGGCUAACUCCAGGUCCAUGCUCAACAUGGCAUCCUCACGUUCUUCAUCUGUCAUGACCAAUGACGAUUCAUCGGGUGUAUACGAGAACAUCAACUUUAAAAGCCCUCAGACAUCAUUCAGCAGCAACACCAGGAGGUAAAAGCAGUGCUGCGAUGGCCCCUCCCCCCCACCUGUUCUCUGCCUGCUUAUCUCGGGGAGGCAUCUCCUCAUUUGAAGCCGACAAUCCCUCCUUCCAGCACGAGUUCAACGGGAUCGCGGCUCUCUGCCUGAACCCCCGCCAUGGUGCACCUUGCCAGAAUGAGCGCACCCAGCAGGUCUUCUCCAGCUUGGACCCCCGCUAUCUCAGGAGCUAAUCCUACGAAGGACUGAGCACACCGCCACCACCUCGCCCUGUUAGCUACAGCUCUGCUGCCGCCUCUUCUGUUCAUCAGUGAAAGUGCCUUGUUGCCAGUCAUGGAGCUGUUCCAUCUCUGCGCUUAUGUCUGCUUGAGUUGAGUGGGAUGGAUGUUGAACCAGGGGUCAUGACACUACAAGGAUGCAGGAUCGGAGACAAGAGGAGGUCAAAGCAAGGUCGAAUGACAAGACAUCCUGAUGUAAGGUUGUAUUCUAUUCCCAAAAAACAUCUUUUGCAAAAAGACGAGAAUAUGGGCACCACAUCAUUGUGGUGUCUUCUUCUAUUGUUUCUUUUUAAGAUUAUUUUCCCAGUCAAGCACAUUGAAUUUGUAGUGGUCACAUUAACAGUAAGCUAAGUAGUAUAUGAAAAUGGAUGAAGUAAUUUUAUGAGAAUAAAGUCCUAAUUUUUCCAAAAAAUAAUUUUGAAAGAAAUAAUACAGUAUGGGGAUUUUUUUAUGACAGUUAUAUUAGAUAGAUAGAUAGAUAGAUAGAUAGAUAGAUAGAUAGAUAGAUAGAUAGAUAGAUAGAUAGAUAGAUAGAUAGAUAGAUAGAUAGAUAGAUAGAUAGUGGUGAAUAAUUAGAUUACAUCAAAUAUGAACAACAAUGUACAGUGUAAACAGUAAAUUGCACAAAUAAUUUGAAUAAUUUUGAAUAAAUAAUAAUAAUUUCAAGUUUUUAAAGUAUUACAAGGCAAAACAAAUUUCUAAUACCCAAAAAUGUCCUGAUUUUAGGAGAAUAGUUCAUGGUAAUUAUAAUAUGACAAAGAUAUCAUAUGAGGACUAAAGUAGUAAUUUAUAUGAAUGAAGUUAUACAGGAAGAAAGUUGUACUACAAGAAAAUAAUGAAUGAAAAAUUGCCAAUAUAUUAUAUAGUAAAAUCACAUCCAAAAUGCCAAUUUAUUAUUGUAAAACCCCAACUUUUUUUCUUGUAAUCAUUAUAUAAUUAGCUUCUUGCCUAUAUGCACCUAUGUGGUAAUUACCACCUUGUCCAGCAGGUGGAGUAGUUCCACUCUUCCAUCCCCUUCUGUAUUGGAACGUAUGAGGCCAUUCACUAUCCACGUUUGGUGUCAUAAUAACAGCCAAUAACAGACAGACGGUACAUCAAAUAGUAGCGGGAUGUUGAGGAUUCCUGAAUGAGAUCGGUGGACUUUGUUUGACUUGUAGUCCUUGUUAAUCAUCUGGAUCUGAUGUGCUUCAACAUCUGCUCACAAAGCAGACAAGGAAGAGGAAAUGUGGAGCGAUUAUAGUGGACCAGAUGGCCAUGUGCCCGAGAUUGAAGAAUAGAUUUGUCUCCAAAAAAGUAAUUUCGACCCACAAGGGGGGAUGUAAUCCAGGCUUGAUGACAGCGCUGUGAGCACGUAGAGACCACGUCACUGACGCCAUAAGUAAGAACACUAGUUUGAAUUUUAGUCUCCGUUUUCAUCACCAAAAGGCAAAUGGUGCUGACACCAGAUACUGAUCAAUUAUUCAAAUUUGACUGAAUUAUUUUCGCGUGCUACAUUCACGGUCAUCUUGUCACAUUUUUUUCCUCUGUGUGGUGUACUUUUUAAUGCCAUUGAUACUUAUCUAUGUGUGUUUCCCCCUCUAUAUUAUGGCUUGUGUUCCUGUAUUUAUGUCACUUUUUAUUUUCACUUUGUCUCCUAUGCUAAAUUGUAAUAUCAAUACUUGAAAGUGUGAAACUGCUGAAUUGUAGUAUGAUUGUGGUUUGUUAGAAGUAUUACUAUGAUUAUGACUGGAGGUUUGCAGUGAUUCUCCUCUCACCGUGUAUGUACUUACUUCCUUCUCAGAUGGCUUCUGCUUAGAUGCCUUCUUUGCUGUACAGGCCAGACUACCUACAGUACCUCCAGUACUUCCAGUACUUACCAGUACUUACCCGCAGAUGCAAUCAGCUUCCGCUAAUGGAAACCACGUGGUUUGUUACAAUAAACACACACAUACGCUGACUCAUGCUAUUCA